UCCAAGAUGGCGGCCCCCAGCGUGCGGCGCGGGAUGCUGCUGGCCCGCAAAGCGUCCGUGCCUCGCCUUUCCCCGGCAGGUAAAAGAUGCCUGCUGUCUGCAGCUUAUGUGGACAGCCACAAAUGGGAGGCCCGAGACAAGGAGCAGUGCAGUAUUGCUAGUCUUGCAUCCUUAAUGGACAAAACCUAUGAAAGAAAGCUGCCUGUUAGUUCUUUGACAAUAUCACGGUUUGUGGACAAUAUUGCGUCUCGAGAGAAUAUAGAUCAUGCAGAGUACUACCUCUACAAAUUUCGCCACAGUCCCAACUGCUGGUACCUGAGAGAAUGGACUAUCCACAGCUGGAUUAGGCAGUGUCUGAAAUACGGGGCACAAGACAAAGCCUUAUAUACCCUCGUUAAUAAGGUUCAGUAUGGCAUUUUUCCAGAUAACUUUACAUUCAAUUUAUUGUUGGAUUCUUUCAUAAAGAAAGAAAAUUUCAAAGACGCUUUAUCUGUGGUUUUUGAGAUCAUGAUGCAAGAAGCCUUUGAAGCUCCUUCCACCCAGCUUCUCUCCCUCUAUGUUUUACACCAUUGUCUGGCAAAGAAGACAAACCUCACUUGGGAAGAGGAGAGGAACUUCGGCGCAUCUCUGUUACUCCCGGGCCUGAAACAAAAGAACUCAGUGGGUCUCAGCUCCCAGUUGUAUGGCCUCGCGCUUCUUGGGAAGGUGGAACUGCAGCAUGGGCUCCGAGCUGUCUACCACAACAUGCCUCUGAUCUGGAACCCUGGCUAUCUUGACAGGGCCCUUCGAGUGAUGGAGAAGGUGGCCUCCUCCCCUGAAGACCUGAAGCUGGCUCAGGAAGCGAUGGAUGUGCUGGACAGGGUGCUACAGGCAGUGGCUUCUCCGGCUGACAUGACUCCAGAGACAGAGCCCCAAGAAGGUGAGACGAGGCUGGGCUCAGCAAACCUGGUGGAGCAGCUGGACAUCGAGGAACCUGAGCAGACCAAGCUUCCCCGCUACCUGGAACGGUUUAAGGCGUCGCGGGCUAAGCUGCAGGCUCUGGGCAGAGUGGAGGCAGGAAACCUCCUGGCUCUGACUGCGCGGCUUGUGAAGGAUGAGCUCCCCACCUGUGAGGCCGAGGACCUCGCCGCCUACGAGCAGAAACUUGCGAAGUGGAGCGCGGAGCUGGCCGAGCUGACGCAGAGGGAGCAGGAGCAGAGGCAGAAAGCGAAGCAGGAGUACCAGGCCCGGAUGGCAGCAAAGGCAGCGGCCUAACGGGGGCCCAGUCCUGCCCUGCCCUGCACAAGGACGCCUCCGUAGAGCUCAGUCUCUUCUCUCCGGCUUCUCCUCUUCUUACAGUGGGACAUACGUUGGUCUAAAUGCCACAGGACAUUGUGUGUGUCCAUCCCGAUGCCAAGGCAUGCUGAGGAACUAGGAAAGAACAGUUGGAAGGAAGCCACUAGCUAAAUCCCUUUAAAGAGACUCUUGGGGCUCAUGGUGGAGUUCUGGGCCCAGGGAGCAGUGUGUGAGUAUACAGAGUUCUCGCACCUCGGGAGGGUUGUGGGAGAAGCCAGGGUCUUCAGUGCGGUCCUCUGGGUGGUCUCUAGUCCCCAGCUUGGUAAAUGGAGCCAAAGUAAGCUGCAGGUCCCAAGAGCUCAUGGCCUAGACUCCUCUCCCUACGCAGGCAUCACAGCGAGCUGGCCAGGGGGCUCACACAUUGUCAAUGCCUCCCUUUCCACACCCCACUCUCCUCACUGUGCUCUGGGAGAAGUCCAGGACAGGGGUGACCUCAAAGCCACGACCGCACUAGAUUUUAGACUGAAGGCACCCACAGUGACAUUGUGGAAUGUAAGGGCUUUUGAAGAAAAACCUCACCUCACCUUUAAAGCCUUUGUGGCCUGGCUGCUUUAGCGGGCCGGGGAUAACCUUUUCCAGCACAUUGUCUGAGCUCCCUUAUGAAGUGUCCAAAGUGAGCCUUGGAUGUACACACACACACACACACACACAACUGGAGAAAAGAGUUUUCUGUUAAAGGAGAAAGCGAGAGAUGGGGUGGGGCUUAGAGUGUGCAGGUAAUAGAAAUCCUUGUAAAUCUGACUGGGGAACAAUUCCUUCUUGAAGCUCCUCUAAAAGGGUCAGGGCACAGCUCGUGCCUGCCAUGUAACAUUGCCUUUAAGUACGGUGGUGUAUCUUCACUCAUGACUGCUCUCUUAUCAAGAACCUGUGGAAAUAAAGAAUAGACCAAAAUAA